AUGUUGGAUUUGGAACCGGGACAUAAGGUACUGGAGGCAGGUACCGGUAAUGGGUCACUCACCUUAUACAUGGCAAGAGCGAUAGCUGGAGGAGGAGACUGUGUAGGCACCAUCGAUACAUUUGACAUCCGAGAAUCACACUCCAAUACAGCACGCAAACAUGUAGAGCGCUAUUCUAGAGGAAGAUACAAGCCCAACGUUGUGUUUCAUGUUGGCGCCGUAGCAGACAAGCUUCCAGAAAUGAUGGCAGCGGAAGAGCAAUAUGAUGCGAUUGCAUUAGAUAUGCCGGAACCCUGCGAUCAGAUCCCUCGUCUACUACCCUUUUUAAGAAAUGAUCGUUUCAUGGUCUGUUAUUUGCCAAAUAUGACUCAAGUACUUGCAUUAGCCGAGAUGAUUAUUGAUCUGCCAUUGGUGAUGGAGGACUGCAUUGAAGCAGAGUGGAAAGAGUGGGAAGUUAGAGCAACCCAUAUCAGAAGUAGGCUAAAACUAAAGGAGGAAAACGGCCCUGCCACACCGUCAACAACAGAGGUAAAGGCAUCAAUACCUCCUGAUGCUUGGGUGUGUAGACCAAAGAACUUUGAUGUAAGAGGUCACACUGCUUUCCUUGUCAAGUUAAGGAAAUCAGCUGCUGUUGUGUAG